AUGCCUAAACUUUCAGCGCUGAUUUUAUCGAUACUAUCGAUUUUCAUUUUGGCCGGAGUAGUCUCUUCCACUGUCCUCCCCCAAAAUAUCAGACGCGAAGUUACCGCACCCUGCUGUGAAGAUAGAACCGGCCGCCUGAUUACUACUCUGCGCCGUGACGUUCAUGGCGACUACAAUGCCGAUGUCGAAGCUAUCAGCGAUUCCACUCCGGAAAGAAUAGCCGCCCCUCUCUGCAGCGACAAUUCUCAAUGCAACCUUGGCCAAAUCUGCAAUCAAGGUUUCUGUGUCGCAGGUUCCGUGGCAGCAGAUGCGCCCCAAAUAGGAGCAGAUGUUCUCUCAGCGCCGAGUGCUGCUCGGGUCGAUGCAAGCGCUGGGGCGGUAUCCUGGGAAGAAGAAGGUGCAGGGGCUUUAGAGAUGUGUGAGGUUGUUGGCCUAGCUGCUUCUAUUGGAGUCUUGUGUGUGCGGGUGGGUGGCUUGAGGGAAUCGCAGCAUCGUCUACCUAUUGUGGCGCUGAAUGCCAGUUACGGUUAG